GCGGGGACCUCACGUCCGCUGUCCCCUUCCUCUCUGCUCCGCAGAAAGCGCGAUGCUGAAGCCCGGGGACCCCGGCGGCUCUGCGUUCCUGAAGGUGGAUCCCGCCUACCUGCAGCACUGGCAGCAGCUUUUCCCGCAGAGCAGCCAGCUCAAAAGCAGUGGGACCCUCGUUCAGCUCCAGCCGCCCGAGAGAACCGAGCCCUCGGCUGACAGCCUCCGCCAGCGCCCGGCCUCCCUCUCCUCCGCCUCCUCCUCUUCUUCCUCGUCCACUCUGUCUUCCUCCUCCAUCUCCUCCUGCGUCGCCGCGGAGGCCGCUUCCCUGGCCGGCCUGACCUCGCUGCCUGUUACCCAGCUCCCAGUCUUCGGGCCCCUGCAGAGCUCCGAGCCCCCGGCCGGGGGAGCGCCCGCUCCCCUACAGGGCAAGGAUGUGUGCGGGGCCGGCAGCGCCGGCAGCAAAUGCGGCGAGCGCGCUGCGGUCCGGUUCCGGUGCACGGCCGAGGAGCUGGACUACUACCUGUACGGGCAGCAGCGCAUGGAGAUCAUCCCCUUGAAUCAGCACACCAGUGACCCCAACAAUCGAUGUGACAUGUGUGCUGAUAACCGCAACGGCGAGUGCCCCAUGCAUGGGCCCCUCCACUCCCUGCGGCGCCUGGUGGGCACCAGCAGUGCUGCUGCAGCAGCCCCUCCACCAGAGAUCCCAGAGUGGCUCCGGGACCUGCCUCGGGAGGUGUGCCUGUGCACCAGCACUGUGCCUGGCCUGGCCUACGGCAUCUGUGCAGCUCAGCGGAUCCAGCAAGGCACAUGGAUUGGGCCCUUCCAGGGAGUCCUGCUCUUGCCAGAGAAGGUUCAAGCAGGUUCCAUCAGGAACACUCAGCAUCUCUGGGAAAUAUAUGAUCAAGAUGGGACACUGCAGCACUUUAUUGAUGGUGGGGAACCCAGUAAGUCAAGCUGGAUGAGAUACAUCCGAUGUGCAAGGCAUUGCGGGGAGCAGAAUUUAACAGUGGUUCAGUACAGGUCAAAUAUAUUCUACCGGGCUUGUAUAGAUAUUCCCAGAGGCACUGAGCUCUUGGUUUGGUACAAUGACAGCUACACAUCUUUCUUUGGAAUCCCUCUUCAGUGCAUUGCACAAGACGAAAACUUGAAUGUCCCUUCGACUGUAAUGGAGGCCAUGUCCAGACAAGACACCGUACAGCCAUUUAAUAAAAGUAGCAAACUAUCCCCUGCUACUCUACAGCGAUCCAUAGUAUUUCCACAGACUCCGUGUAGCAGAAAUUUUUCUCUCCUGGAUAAGUCUGGGUCCAUCGAGUCAGGAUUUAACCAGAUCAGUGUCAAAAACCAACGAGUUCUUGCAAGCCCAACUUCAACAAGCCAACUAAAUUCUGAGUUCAGUGACUGGCAUCUUUGGAAAUGUGGGCAAUGCUUUAAGACUUUCACCCAGAGGAUCCUCUUACAGAUGCAUGUGUGUACGCAGAACCCUGACAGGCCCUACCAGUGUGGUCACUGCUCCCAGUCCUUCUCCCAACCUUCAGAGCUGAGGAACCACGUAGUUACGCACUCCAGUGACAGGCCUUUCAAGUGUGGUUACUGUGGUCGUGCCUUUGCUGGUGCCACAACACUCAACAAUCACAUCCGGACACACACUGGGGAAAAGCCCUUCAAGUGCGAGAGGUGUGAGAGGAGCUUCACACAAGCCACGCAGCUGAGUCGACACCAGAGGAUGCCCAAUGAGUGCAAGCCAAUAACAGAGAGCACAGAAUCAAUUGAAGUGGAUUAACUGAUUGACUGGUUGGAAUUAAACUGCAAGGAAAGUCAUGAUUAAAUGUCACGGACACUUAAGCAAAACCAAAGAUUUCCUCUGAGCAACUUUCAAUCAGUCCCAGAAAACCAAAAGCAGUAAUAAAAUAAGUAAGAUGUUAAGGGAUAUUGAUCCUGGCAUGGAAGUGACACCAGGAAAGAGAUUAUUUAUUUAUGACUAGGGAUAAGUCUUAUUUCAAUUGACAAGUUACUUGGGACUGUUAACAUUUCAAGUCCCACCUUGUAUUGUUUUAAUUCUAAAAGCCUUUAUAAUUGUUUAAUGCCAAAGUGAGGAAUCUCAAGGGUUCUUCUGCCUGUAGUUAUGACUGAGAAUGCACAUGGACUUGUUUAUUGUUACACCUUUUUUUGUAGCAUGACUCAAAAGGACCCAGGUGUAAUCCAUGUAUUUGGCUGGGCUGGGCUAAGUUGAUCUUGACAUGGCUGUAAUAGAAAUUGCUGUGUGGGAUGGGAAGUUAUCAAGAGCUGUAUCUGGGUCAGUAUCAUCCUCCUCAGACCAAAGGGCAUUUCAUUUCCAUAGUCUCAUGCCUCACAUUGUGUGCACUUUUUCAUGUAAGUAGUUUCACUCGACUGCAUUGCAUUGGCAUAGAUAUUCUGGAAAAAAUAAAAAAUAAAAAAAGGAACGUUAUAUAUCUGCAAACAUACAUUAUGUAAAGAAGCCAGUAGGAAAGCUAUAUUAAACUAAUAGAGUUCUCAAAUUCAGUCUAAUAGCUAUGAAAGAUAGAAGCAGUAGAAAGUAUUUUAAAUAUUUAAGAUUCCAGUCUAUGUCUAAAUCCUAACAGGAAAAUUGAUCAGAAGUCCAGGCUGUAGACCACUGAUAUUUUUACUCUGUUGGUUUGUAUCAAAUUGAAAAUGCUCCUGUGUUAGUUGAAACUUUCAACAUACUUGGGCUGAGCUUUAAAACAAAAGCUAAAUCUGAAUUCACAUACUUUGUAAAUGGCUUGGAGGCCUCAUAGUAUGUAUUCACUUCAUGGAAAUUUGCCUGGUGCAGUCGUGAAUGAAAGGGUGCCAAAAUUUUCCCAACAUCAAUGUAAAAAGCUCAGAUAUCAUUACAUUGGUUCAAUUUAACAGUUUCCAUAUUGGCUUUUUUCAAGCUUUUAUCUUUGAUGUAUUUCAGAUUUCCUGAUUUUGUCUAAUCAAAGAAUGGUUUUCCCUUUUAAAGACCAGCAGUGUUUGUUUAAAUAUUGAUUGUGUCAAUGUUAGAGCUGUAGUUUGAUAAAAAUGUAAAAAAAAAAAAAAAAAAAAAAAAGAAAAAAAAAGAGAAAAAAAUUUACAAAACCCCACCAAAAAAACACCAAACCCAAACCAUCAACAAGAAGCAAACCUAAACAGUUCUGAGGUCAUGCUAUAUUAUAAGGUAAAACUGCAAAAUAAAUUUGUGGAGAUUAUGGGGAUUAAAA